AUGUCCCCUCCAUCCCGAAUAGCAGUUCUAGGCGGAGGGUUAUCAGGUCUUACGACGGCGUAUCAUCUGUCUAAAUCAUUACCUUCCUCAUCCAAAAUUACAUUGAUCGAAGCGUCACCCAGAAUAGGGGGAUGGAUCAAUUCGAAACAACAUCAAGUAGGAUUCAAAGAUGAUAAAGGAGAAAUAGUGGAAGGUAGCGUGACACUGGAAAGUGGACCUAGAAGUAUAAGACCUAGAGGAAGUAAAGGUGCAGCUGGGAUGCUAAGGAUGCUUCGCGAUCUCGAUUUGGUCAAAGAUAUAAUACCUAUACCGUUUUCUCAUCCAGCAGCUAAAAAUCGAUAUUUAUUAAAUACAUCCACAUCUGAGAUAUCAGCAUUACCUUCUUCUCCAUUAUCCCUACUUCAGACUCAAUCACCUUUACUUAAAGGUCUAUUACCUUCUAUCUUGGGUGAACCAUUCAGAUCUCGUUUCAAGGAAGGAUCAUCAUCAUCAUCAUCAUCAGAGUUAGGCACUGGGAUAGGAGCUAAUAAUGAUGAGUCUGUCGAUUCAUUCUUUUCAAGAAGGUUCUCGCCUUCUAUAGCUAAGAAUCUAGCUUCAGCUAUGGUUCAUGGUAUAUACGCGGCAUCAAGUAAAGAACUUUCAGUCAGAGCUGCUUUUCCCACUUUAUGGGACUCAGAACAAAAAUUUGGCAGCGUAGUUUUGGGUAUGUUAAGAGGUGGAACAAAGACUAGACGAGAAAAAGAAGAAGAAAAGAAUGAAUGGUUGGAAUUAGGUGAAUUAGGUGGAAAAAGAGAAAAAUGGAGUUUAUAUGGUAUAAAAGGUGGUUUGGGAUCUUUGACAAAUUCUUUACAUCAAGAAAUUAUCAAUAAUGGCGUUGAGAUCAGAACGGAAGAAUCAAUCGAACGAAUCGAUCCAUCAGCGUCAGCAGCUUCUUCUUCAUCAUCAUCAUCAUCCCAGGCUAUACAGAUCAAAACGUCAAAAGGCAAUUUGGAAACUGAUCAUAUAAUAUCAGCUUUAUCACCUCUGACUCUAUCCAAACUUUUACCUUCAGAACCAUCAUCCUCAUCCUCAACAUCAUUGUAUCUACCUCAUUUAGACGCGAAUCCAUAUACAUCAGUAGGUGUAGUCAACUUGGUAUAUCCACUAUCAAGUGAUCGAGUUCAUCCAGAAGGGUUUGGUUAUUUAAUACCGAGAUCUACAGCGACUCAAAAUCCAAAUGGUGUCUUAGGGGUCAUAUUCGAUUCAACAGCUAUACCACUACAAUCAGAUUGUAAAGGUGUCACUAAGUUAACUAUAAUGUUAGGCGGUCCAUAUUGGUCAACAUAUAAACCUAUUUCAAAAUCACCACCUGAAUCAGAUGAAGGAUUAAUCCAAAAUGCAAUUGACCAUCUAAAUAUCGUUUUCCCACAUCUGAAGAAUAUAGAACCGAUAAUCAAAACAGGUAAAAUACAUUGGAAUUGUAUUCCAACUUAUUUACCUGGACAUGGAGAUAGAUUGAAAGAAUUAAAUGAAUCUAUCAAUAAUGGUAUUUGGAAGAACAAAUUAAGUUUAGUAGGUAAUGGUUAUGGUGGGGUCGGUGUGAAUGAUUGUGUUUAUUCCGCUGAAAAUGUUGUUAAUGCUUUGAAACAAGGCAAUAGAGUGACGGGUUUGGAGAGAUGGAAAGAUUGGAAUUAG